CCAAUUUCUGAAAACCAUACAAUCUCUCUCCGCCGCAAAACCGCCAUGGAAGUGAAAGAUAAGAAAAGCAAGAAAAACAAGAAUCCAGAUGAUCAUCAUCAAACUACAAACCCUUGUUCUAAUCUCUCCUUCAAACCGACAUCCGACGUCAAGGGCCUUCGAUUUGGCGGUCAAAUCGUAGUCAAGUCCUUCAAUGUCCGCCGUGCCCGUCGACACGAAUUCCUCCGUCUCCUCUCCCUAUCUCCACCUCCGGCGGCCCCUUCUUCCACGUUUUCUUCAAUAACCGUCUAUUUACCCACCAAUUUCACAAUCCUGGCCCAUACAGUUUGGCACACGUUGACAUUAGGACUAGGAACGAAGAAAUCGAAGGUAAUCUUGUUCGUAUUUGAAUCGGAGACAAUGAAGGACACCGUCGAUCGGAUUUGGCCGGCGGAGAUUCCGCUCGGGGAGGUGAAUAAGAAGAUGAUAAGGAAAUUGAUUGGAUGCGAAAUGGCGAGAUUUAAGUUUAGAAAAGGGUGUAUCACGUUCUACGUUUACGCUGUUCGAUCGAAAGGACAUAUUGGGUUUUCUCGUGUUAAUGAUCUGAGAAUGAUUCUUGAAUCGGUCGUCGCUUUAAUGGAUUUUAAGGAUCAUACGGCGAUGCUCGCCACGUCUACUCAUGAAAGAAUCGAAUUUCCGGCGCCGGUUUGAUCAUUAAUAAUAAUAAUAGAUAGGUACGGGAACCCACGUUCUUUCCUCAUUCAACUGUUGUUGAACAUUUCAUUGUUCGUAGAAUUGUGCGGUAAAUCUUUUUUUUAGAAUUUUAUUUUUUUAGGUGAAUAUUUUUGUUUUUUUA